GGCAGCGCGCAAGCUUCCCGGGUGCCCAGUACCGGGGUCGUUAUGGCUGGCAGCCCAGGCAGCGAGGCCUCCUUGGAGGGCAUUUCUUUGGGCUCCUCUGAGGAAGCGGAGCUCCGGAGGGAAGCCAUGCAGCAAGUCCUGGACAACCUGGGAUCCCUCCCCAAUGCCACAGGUGCUGCAGAGCUGGAUCUGAUCUUCCUUCGAGGCAUUAUGGAAAGCCCCAUAGUCAGAUCCCUGGCCAAGGCCCAUGAGAGACUGGAGGAGACGAAGCUGGAAGCUGUGCGGGACAACAACCUGGAGCUGGUGCAGGAGAUCCUGCGGGACCUGGCACAGCUGGCAGAGCAGAGCAGCACCGCUGCAGAGCUGGCGCGAAUCCUCCAGGAGCCGCACUUCCAGUCUCUUCUGGAGACGCACGACUCAGUAGCCUCCAAGACUUAUGAGACACCACCCCCCAGCCCUGGUCUGGACCCCACAUUCAGCAACCAGCCGGUACCUCCUGAUGCGGUGCGCAUGGUGGGCAUCCGCAAGACUGCAGGAGAGCAUCUGGGUGUGACAUUUCGGGUGGAGGGUGGCGAGUUGGUGAUCGCACGCAUACUGCACGGGGGCAUGGUGGCCCAGCAAGGCCUGCUGCACGUGGGGGACAUCAUCAAGGAGGUGAAUGGGCAGCCGGUGGGUAGCGACCCCCGGGCACUGCAGGAGCUCCUACGCAGUGCCAGUGGCAGCGUCAUCCUCAAGAUCCUGCCUAGCUACCAGGAGCCCCAUCUGCCUCGUCAGGUAUUUGUUAAAUGCCACUUUGACUAUGACCCGGCCCGAGACAGUCUCAUCCCAUGCAAGGAAGCAGGCCUGCGCUUCAAUGCUGGCGAUUUGCUCCAGAUUGUAAACCAGGAUGAUGCCAACUGGUGGCAGGCCUGCCAUGUGGAAGGGGGCAGUGCUGGGCUCAUUCCUAGCCAGCUGCUGGAGGAGAAGCGGAAGGCGUUUGUCAAACGGGACCUGGAGCUGACACCCACCUCAGGGACCUUAUGCGGCAGCCUUUCGGGAAAGAAGAAGAAGCGAAUGAUGUAUUUGACCACCAAGAAUGCAGAAUUUGACCGCCACGAGCUGCUUAUUUAUGAGGAGGUGGCCCGCAUGCCCCCAUUCCGCCGGAAAACCCUGGUGCUGAUUGGGGCGCAGGGUGUGGGCCGGCGCAGCCUGAAGAACAAGCUCAUCAUGUGGGAUCCAGAUCGCUAUGGCACCACAAUACCCUACACAUCCCGAAGACCCAAGGACUCAGAGCGGGAAGGCCAGGGCUACAGCUUUGUGUCCCGUGGGGAGAUGGAGGCUGACAUCCGUGCUGGCCGCUACCUGGAACAUGGCGAAUAUGAAGGCAACUUGUAUGGCACACGAAUCGAUUCCAUCCGGGGUGUGGUUGCUGCCGGCAAGGUGUGCGUGCUGGAUGUCAACCCUCAGGCAGUGAAGGUGCUGAGGACAGCUGAGUUUGUCCCUUACGUGGUUUUCAUUGAGGCCCCCGACUUUGAGACUCUGCGGGCCAUGAACCGGGCUGCUCUGGAGAGUGGAGUGUCCACCAAGCAGCUCACGGAGACAGACCUGAGACGGACAGUGGAGGAGAGCAGCCGCAUCCAGAGGGGCUAUGGGCACUACUUCGACCUCAGCCUGGUCAAUAGCAACCUCGAGAGGACCUUCCGUGAGCUCCAGGCUGCCAUGGAGAAGCUGCGGACGGAGCCCCAGUGGGUGCCCGUUAGCUGGGUGUACUGAACCUCUUCAAUGGGACUUUGUUCCCCACUGGGUUGUAACCCACGGCCUGAAUCCAUUCCUUUCCCCACCCAUGACCCCCUGCCCUUAGCUAUGGUCUUCUGCCUCCACCUCUGGCUUUUCUGGGUAGCAGCUCCCAGUAGGCACUAAGACUGGCUUUAGCACAGAGGUGUGUGCUGCCAGGGAGGUGGGUGUUCAUGGGGCACCUAUGUGCCCAGGUGCUGUCCACUCCCAGGCCAUUGGCCACUAGAUGUCUCUCCCUAAGGGGCCAAGCUAUACCCAGGAGUAUGCCAGAGUCACCUCCCAUAGUGCUCAGUCAGAGAAGAGCAAAACUGCUUGGGGACCCCAUGGAUAGUGGGGCCCUGCCACCUCUCUCCAACUGCCUUUACUCCUCCAGAUUGACCACUCCAAUCCUAUUCUCCCACCUGUCACCCCUGGUCCUACAAGCAGGCCUGGGGCUGUUUCCUUUGGCCAGUCAGGCAGAGCUGGGCAGUGAUACCAAUCUGGGUUGUAUUGGAGGCUGAAGGACACAAACCAUGAGCCGUUGUCACAAGUGGGCAGUGCGGCCCUCAGCUCCCUUGGAAGGGGUGGACACUGCCCUGCCCUCCCUCCCUCCCUCCCAGCUUCUCACUGCCAGAGUCUCUCCACAGCCUUCUCCCAUGGGCCCUUGGCAGGUCCUCCCUGCUCCCCAAAGGGAGAGGCUGGCAGCAGCUGGUAGGCUCAGCCCAGGUGUGUGUGUGUGUG